AGAGCAUCUGAAGGUGUUGCUAUGGUGAUGUCAAUCAUGUUGGCUCCUCCUCCUCUGAUCUUUCUCUUCAUGAUUCACGGUGUUUAUAGUGCUGAUGAUGAGUGGGGUGUGAAUUACAGCUCUUCAUCCAUCUGUGCACUAAAGGGUUCAACAGUGAUAAUAAACUGCACUUAUAAAUACCCUACUGGAUAUAAGAUCGUGAACGUGUUCUGGACCAAAACUGAUGGUAUACCACCAAAUGAAGAGCAUCCAGAUCUGUUUAAUGACAUUAAAUACAGUCAGAGGAUUCAGUAUCUGGGAGAUAAACAUCACGACUGCACCAUGAGACUGACAGAUGUGAGACCGACAGAUUCACACAAAUACUAUUUCAGAUUCAUCACUGAUAUACCAGAUGGGAAAUGGUUUGGUAAACCUGGAUUGACUCUUAAUAUCACAGAUCUUCAGGUGGAGUCUUCAGGUGAGACAGUGACAGAGGGACAUUCAGUGACUCUUACAUGUAAAAGCAGAUGCAGUCUGACUGACAGAUCAACAUUCAUCUGGUUUAAAAACACACAGUCAUUAAGUGAGAGAAACAAUCAACUCAUCCUGCAGUCAGUAAGAAGAGAGGAUGCAAGCAACUAUAGCUGUGCUGUACAGGGACACAAACUCACAUCACCUCAUCAAUAUCUCAAUGUCAUCUAUGCUCCAGAUAAACCUGUAAUCUCUAUCAAUCCUUCUGGUGUAAUAAUGGAGGGUGAUUCAGUGAAUCUGACCUGCAGCAGUGAAUCAAAUCCACCUGUUCAGAUCUACAGCUGGUUUAAGGAGAAUGAAAGAUCAUCUGUUGGAUCUGGACAGACGUACAGCAUCACUAACAUUAACUCCAGUCACAGUGGAUGGUUUUACUGUGAGGCUCAGAAUGAAGUCGGAUCUCAGAGAUCUGCUGCUGUAUCACUCAAUGUUAAAGGAAAUAUGGUGAUAUUACAGACGGUCAUUGGAGUGUUGAUUUUCGUGGCUGCAGUUUUUAUUGUGGUGAUGAUAAUUUGGAGAAUCAGCUGGAUGAAAAAGAGAAAUAACUCAAAGUCUCAGACAGUUCAUCGUAGUCCUUCUCACAACAGCCAUAAGACAUGUGAUGACCUGUAUGAGAAUCUAAGGACUGCUGAUGACAGAUAUAAAGAAUCUAACUUUAGUCCUCCUGUCUAUGGGAAUAAUCCAACUGCUGAUGACAGAUAUGAAGAAUCUAACUGGAGUCCUCCUGUCUAUGGGAAUAUUUCACUAAGCGCCUCAGAUAUUUAUGUAACCUUCGAUCCCUGAAGGAAGGGAGCAGAGAUGCCACAUCGUGACUGAAGAACUGGGAACGCGCUUCUCAGGACUGAUCUACUUCAAGAAGCUGCUUAAGCUUCAAUGAAGUUGGCAUGCAGGUAUUUGCAUCUGCUAGUGCCGCCCUGCUGCGCGAGUAUUUAGCAAGAGGCAGGUGCAAUACCAAAUCAGCUAUUUUCGCAGAGAAAGCCAAGCAUCAGUGCCCAGCAAGUAGGGAUUUGCAUCUCGGUGCGUAGCCUACGAUACGAUACAUUAAAUCAGUGGUUCUCAACUCCAGUCCUCUGGACCCACUGCUCUGCACAUUUUGGAUGUCUCUCAUAUCUGAC